AUGAACGCUUUCGUCGAGCAGGCCACGGCGGGGCGCAUACGCAACCUCCUGUCCGAUGGUGCGGUUCACGGCGACACCAAGGUCGUCCUCGCCAACGGCAUGCACUUCAAGGCGACGUGGGCACGGAGGUUCGACCCAUCGGACACCGUUCCCCACUACUUCUACCGCCGCGACGGCGAGCCCGUGUGGGUGCCGUUCCUGUCGGACGCUGGCAUGCACUACGCCGAGAGCUUCGACGCCCCUGGCCUGGAGUUCAAGGUCCUCCGGUGCUUCUACAAGAUGGUGGGGCGUGACGGCAGGCUGGACUCCAGGGCGCCAUGCUUCUGCAUGCUCAUAUUCCUGCCGCACAGCGACGACGGGCUCCUCGACCUGCUGCGCCUGGCCGUCACCGAGCCGGAUUUCGUCAUGCGGUGCGCGCCCCGGCGCGAGCAGGAAGUGUGCCCGUGCAAGGUCCCCAAGUUCAAGUUCUCCUUCGCGUUCGACGCCGGGAACGCGCUCCGGCAGCUCGGCCUGUCCGAGCCGUUCACGUACGCCGCAGACCUGUCGGGGAUGGUGUCGAGCAUGCCAGCCGAGGGGCUCUACGUGUCCGCCAUGAGGCAGACGUGCGCUGUGGAGGUCGACGAGGAAGCACGACAGCGGUUGCGGCGACGGGCUCCGUUUUUAGCCCAACCGGUCCCUGCUGGUCACCCCCGCCGCAGCCCGCAGCCGAUGAGCUUUGUGGCGGACCAUCCGUUCAUGUUCGCGAUCGUCGAGUACGAGAAGGCCGAGCUCUUGUUCCUAAGCCACGUCAUUGACCCUUCCAACGAGGAUUGA